AUGGAAACAGAAUCAUAUGAUUCAUGGUUAUGGAAAUCUUGGCUUGGAGUUAGAAAAUUUCUGAAGCUUGGGCUGAGAUACAAAGUGGGCAAUGGCAGAGCCAUUUCUAUAUGGACUUCACCUUGGGUCCCUGAGGCUGUAGAUUUUAAGCCACAAUGUUGCUUUGAUUCUGAUAAAUCAAAUCUUGUUUUUGUCUCAGAUUUAAUGAAUGCAGAGUGGACACAGUGGGAUGAAAACCGCAUUUACCAAAUCUUCACACCAUCAGAGGCCUGCAGUAUUAUUCAAAUCCCAAUCAGCAGAGAAGGGCACACUGAUCAACUAGUUUGGCACCAAAAUCCCAAAGGCCACUUUACUGUAAAAGAUGCUUACAACACCAUCCUUCUCAUCCUCUUUGUUGCUUCUGUUAGUGAUGAUCACAAGGAUAUUAUGCUUCUUUAUGGCCUGGCCUGGUCUUGUAGGGAGACAUCGAGGUCUAAUGUCUCUCCGUUUGUUUUUUGUACUUAG